AUGAAGAUCUCUAUCGGGCAUCGGAGAAAAGAACUUAGGGUGAAAAUAAAAUUGAAAGAGCCGAGCUUUGUCGAGUAUACUCUUGAUAUGAGCUGGUAUGAUUGCUGGCUUUCUCAACAGCUUUUAAAUCUCCCCCGUUGCAUAAAGGAUCUUAAAGUUAUGGGAGACUCUCCCAUUGAAAAACCUCAUCUCUAUCAGCUAUACAACGCAAUCGAGGAUUUCCUCCAGACAGAUGAAGGGCUUUCUAUCGACGAGAUUACACAACAUCUACGAAAAUCAGAGAUUCUUGAAUACCCGGAAGCUUUACUGCCGGCUCAGAAGUUCCUCGUAUUUGCGAUUCUUGGGUGGCGGUCAAUGUUGUACCAGGCAUCUUUCAACACAUGCUCAACGAAAGAAUUUGCUAUUCACCGAGAAUCUGAUCAGCCGCAGUCAGGGUUAGUCUUUGAUACUUAUAAAGUGUCGGCACACUUGUCGGAUCGAUCACUGUGGAUACUACUAAAGGCAUUUGGAAACAUUCUACCCGCCCGAUCUGUUACUGCCCCACAGCUUGCAAGUGAGAGCAGCAAGAUCGCUUCCUCCUGGUUACCUUUAUAUCCAUCAGAAACUAAUGCAUACCUCUUGACUGUGUUGCUGGGUGUUCGCAUUCGAUGGGUAGAGAUGUUGGCUCUGCAUCUUGAUUAUGACAAAUCGACCAAAACGCUCUCUCUUUUUAACUACCCAUCCUUCUGUUUACAUACACUUUCAUCGGGAGGGGUUAUAUAUUCAUUUGAGAGCCUUGAAAAGUACGGUGUGGACCCUCGAGCAAAUAAAGAAGAGAUAUCACAUUUCCUCCGGGAAGUUCUUCUAUCCUAUCGCCUGAUUUUUGGUCAGUCCGCAAAAUCUAGGAAACUAUUUCGCCAAUUAUCUCGAUCACAGGGGGUAGCUAAAGGCCAUGUUGACUCCGUGCUUCCGUUAUUAUGUACCCGUAAGCAGCUACCUUUCAUGCAGGGCCUGGAAUUUCCAGUCGACAAGGCUGUCUAUUUUGCAGCACAGGACUUUCCCAUCCUACAUGAAAGGAUUGAAAUUAUUGCAAAAGAGCUCAGGGAUAAAAAGCCUACCUCAGUUGCUGAUCUUAUACGUGACCGCAGGGACACACUACAGUUCUUGACAUUCUGGCUCGUUUUGAUCAUUGGUGGAAUUGGUACCUUGCUGAGUUUGAUUCAGGUCAUACUGCAGGCAGUACAGCUAAUAAAAAGUUAG